CUAUUUACGUUGUAGCCCUAUUUGUCCUUCUCUCUCACUCUCACUCUCCCACUCUUACUCUGCCAUUGAAGUUCACACCACCGUUUGCAUUGAGGCACCUUCUGAUAUUUCAAUCCUCCAUUGAAGCAGCUUCUGAGAUUGAACUAAGCAAUACCCGUGUUCCAAUUUGGAAAUCUAUCAAUGGCGAAAAGGCCAGUUCCAUGGGAUGAUCAGGUAGAUCUUGUGUCAUCAGAUGAUGAAGCAGCAGAUAUGGAGGCAGAUGAUGGCGCCUCUGACCAAAAGCCUAACAUCGAUGGUCUUAGUUACCAACCUGCCAAUGAAAAACAUUCUGAAGGUGCCAUGGUGAGAAGGGCAAAAAUAUACCAGGAGUACAUGAAAAAGGUCCCCAUUCCAUGCCAACGCGGAUCAGUCAUACCGUGUAAUUCAUGGAUGGGAUUAGCCAAAUCAAUCAAGGAGCUAUAUGGGCAGCCACUGCACUACCUCACAAACACUCUCCUAAAACAGUGGGAUCAAGCAAGAUUUGAAACCGGUGAUGAGUACCAGCCAUUGGACACCGUUAUUCAUCCUCUUAAAGCGGAAGCAACCAUCUGGUUUGUGGAGGAAGUUCAUCGCUGCACAGCUUCAUACCAUCAACUGUCAAAACUCUGGCUGGGUGAUCCAAUGCACCAUGCUUAUGUAGAUGCUAUCUUCCCAAAGAUAUGACAUUUGGUUGGUUCUAACUUGUCGGUAAUGCUGUGCUUGCACUUGGUGUAUUAAGUAUAUUUGUCUUGUACAUGAAUGUGAAUUCUCUGUACUGACUUUGGUGAAGAAGUGCAUGCUGCUGCAGGACUUGCAAAAUUAAGUUUUGGUUCUGAAGUAACCUGUAUGUUCUUGUUACUUCCCCUACUUUCAGCGCAUAUCUUGUUACCCA